AUGAUUCGGGACCGUGACCGGGAUGGUGCCAUCACCAACAAGCAGAUCGAGUCAUCCAAAGAAGCCAUUGUGCAAUAUUCCGCCACCACGAAUACGGAGUUCAGCAAGAAAUACGCUCUAAACCAGCAUCUCAAAUCACCUGUGCACAAGCAGAAGGUGUAUCGCUAUCCGAAUGCGAAGAGGGUCCAGCAGCAGGUGAGCGACGUGAUUCAGGGUGAAGACUCAUCACAUCGGUUUGAUUUCAGCCCGGAAUCGUAUUCAAAAGCUCCUACGAGCACGAAUAUUGUUUCUCUCUGCAUCACUGUGUUGCACGCGGGUUUGCUGGUGUUUGCAUUCACAGAAUAG